AAUGGCAGAUAGCUUUAACUCAAGAUAAAGUGGAUAAUUUUAUAAUUUUGUAGGCACUGCAGGUACGGCCGAUUUCUAAGCUGGAUCUGGUCAAGAAUAAUAGUUAAUAAUAAUAUUUCUAUUUUAGAUUGAGUUUUGGUAAAAACUAUUUGGGGUAUGGUGAACAAUAAGUCGGGAGUUUCUAGAAUAAUUAUUUGCAAUAUCCUGCAUUGGAUUAAGAUAUGAAAAAUAGUCUAGAUCAAUUUUACGAAAUGAAAAUCGAUGAUGUUGACAAUUAGUUGAUUUAAGAGGAGUCAUCAAAUUAAUCAAGACAGAAGCAAUCAAUCCAAUCGGAAAGAAAUAGUCGAUCCCAAUAUUCAGGGGAUCAAGAAUAUAGAUUAGGUUAGCCUUCCAAAUUUAUACAUAGAAUCGGCUGACUAAAUCAAUAGUAUAUUUAAACCAGAAGUAAAACUGUAGAUACCUCAAAACUAAGGCAAGAGCAUAUAUAGAGAAAAGAUAGAAUCGUUAUUAGAGAAAAGAACUUCAAACAACAAUUCUGUGUCUCCAUCUAUAACACCUAGAUCAUCAAAAAGUUAAUAAAAACUAGAGAGAAAGAGAUCAUAGAAUUUACAAAAUGAAACAUCAAAUGAAAUUGCUGACCCUACCCAAGUGAAAUUGGCAAAGAACAGAGAAUCAGCCAAGAAUUCGAGAGAGAGAAAGAAAAUAUAUCAAUAAUUGCUUGAAAAGUAGGUUGCUGAACUUUAAGAAGAAAACGAAAAACUGAAGGACAUUUGCAAGAAUUAAGCUCAUUCUAUGGAGAUAGUAAAUAAAAAAACUUAGAAAGUAAGGUAUCUUAAUCUCUACGAUAGUUUUAAACAUUUUUAGAACAGCAACAGCAAAUGUUUGAAAAAUUGGAAUUAUGUAUAAUAAAAAAAGUUAGCGAUGACGAAAUCGGUAUCAUCAUGGAUGCAUUGAGAUAUAGAAUUCAAUCAAAUUCAAAGGAAAGAAAUGACACCGCAAGAGUGUACUUUGAUAGCAUAGCUGAAAUCUUAUUGCCAAUGUAGGUUAAGUAUUUGCUUUAUGCAUGUUCACAUUCAAAGGACAUGUUUGCGAAUUCUGAUUAGUAUUACAUUUUUUAUCUUUUAAGAGAUUACACUGACUGGAUGAAAGGUGGUUUUGAAAAUACGAAUGUAAAAUUUGAGAAUCUCACGAAACUGAAGAAGUUUCAAAUGAAGGUGUAAUAGUUAAAAUCAAAUAUUUCAGGGUUUUUUUAUUAUUAAUUAUUAGUUCUUUAGAUAAAAUUAAAAAUGAAAUCAAAUCGAUCUAGGAUCAGGCUUCUAAACUGGACCAAGUUUGGGAUUCUCUAAAAUCUGUUCUGAACCCUUUGUAGUUGAGCACAAUGAUUUGCUCACUCUAUCAUGUAAGUUAUCAAUGAGUAAUCUUAGAAUUUAUAUAGGAAUGAAUUAUAAACAAGUACAUUAUUUGAUUAACUGCGAAAUUCGUAGGCUGAAGAGGAUGAUUUCUAGUUUAAGAUUGAAGAAGAAAUCAAUUUUGGUAUAAGUAAAAUGGUUAAAAGGUGUUGA